AUGGACGAGGUGGUAUUCGCGUGGUUAGCGGCAGUUAUCUUGCGUACCUCGCCAGGAGAAUUGCGACCAUGCGCCAUAACGCGAACGAUAGCAAUGCGCGAGCAAAAAGACUGCACUUUGCGGUAG